AUGGCUCAGCCAUGUGGCUCGACGGCAGGAGGAUUGGCCCAGCUGAGCACUGAAAGUCUGAGAGCUGGGCGUCCGGCCGUUUAUCAUGCCUUGGGUGUCAAGCAGUAUCCCGAAAUUUCAGCCAAGCCUACCAGCGAACGUCGAUUGGCGUUCUGGGGUAACCAAGCUGGUAGAGCGAUUUGGGGCUCGGCCUGCUUCACAUCGUUAGCUUGCUCGAGGCGGUUCGUACGGGCCAGGAGACUACGGAGAUUGGCUGGUGAAUGGUCUGCCGGAGAACAGGACAGCAGAGAAUUCCAGUCCGAAGAGGAAUAUUUGGAGGCACUCGAAGCCGACGCCGACUUGCCAAAAGGCUUCGGAAUUGCAUCAAGCAGUUUGACUUUCGUUCCCGAGGAAGCCCAGGAAAUGGGGGAGCUCCCUAUGCGAAUAACUGUAAUCCACGUUGACGAACCCAGUGACAUGGUCGCAGCAGUUUUCACACAGAAUGCAUUUCCGGGUGCUCCCGUUCGUGUUGGACGUCGCCGGUUGUCAGAAAGAGAGCAUCUUCAAGCUAUAGUUGUGAACAACAAAAUCAGCAACGUCUCCCCUCCAGAUGCAGAUGGAGGCGUAGCAGCAAGCGAAGAGUUGUGCACUGAGCUAGCAAAGAAGCUAAAGCUACCGGGUGCGACGGCAGUCCUGCCAAGUUCGACAGGGGUGAUUGGCUGGAGGCUACCCGUCACGGAGAUGGUGCAGGCUCUUCCAUCCUCAGAGAUGCUGAAAAAAGGCAGCGCAGUUCCGGCCGCUCGUGGAAUCAUGACUACGGAUCGUUACCCUAAGCUCUCGGCAAAGACCUUCGACGGUGGAGCAAGGUUGGUUGGUAUAGCCAAAGGCGCUGGAAUGAUUGAGCCGAACAUGGCGACGAUGCUCAGCUUUUUGAUGACAGAUGCGAGCUUUGACCGGGCUGAGCUACAAAAGAUGCUGGAGGAAUGCGUGGCAACCAGCUUCAAUGCCAUUUCAGUCGACGGAGAUGAGUCUACGAGCGACACGGUUGUUUUGAUUUCCAGCGGGCAAGCGGAGGAGGAAGUCAGCAAGGAGGCAUUCAAGGCAGCCCUACAAGAGGUUUGCUGCGAUUUGGCAGCUCAGGUAGUGCGCAAUGGAGAAGGAACCCAGCAUGUCAUACGCGCGAGCAUCAGCGGUGCUGACACUGACGACACUGCAAGAAGGAUUGGAAAAGCAGUAGUGAACGGGCCCCUGUUCAAGUCGGCUGUUGCCGGCAAUGAUCCCAAUGUGGGGCGCUUGAUCGGCAAGGUGGGGCAAGCUUUGGGGGCUGCGGGUGCACAGAUGGCACAGGACUGCGUGUGCAAGAUCGGUGGGGAGACCAUCUUCGAGAAAGGCCAGUUCAGGCUUGAUACUGCAAAGGAGAAGCGGCUGAGCAGCCACUUGAAAUUUGCCGAAGCUGACUGUCAGCUACCUUACCCGCAGCACCGGCGAGUGGUUGACGUGGAAGUAGUCUUGGGAGCAGGAAGUGGGAAAGCCGUUUUCAAGACAGUUCAUGGUAAGUUAAUGGUAAGUGACUACCUGGGCUCGUCAAGCAUCUCCUGGUGGCUAGGAGCCAUGCCGACACGAAAUGCCCAGCGAAGAGGCUUCUGCAUCUGGCGAGGUGCAAGUCUGAAGCCGAAGAAAAGCCGUUCCAGUAGCCACGAGGCUGUCAGGCUAGGAAUCCAGCUGAUUUGGACAACAGACUUCCAGCAGGCGUUGACAACCUUGGCACGAGAGAAGGACAAGACGGUCAUGACGUCUACCCGGAACAAGUUCGGGCAGCUGCUGACGGACCUCAUCCAAGUUUGCCUGCAGGGCGACCUGUCCAAGCUGAGGCGCAUCAAAUACGAAACACUUGUGACGAUCCAUGUCCAUCAAAAAGACCUUUUCAUGGAGGUCAUGAAGAAGCCAAAGGACAUGAAGGUGAAAGACGAGAAUGAUUUCGAAUGGCUGAAACAGACACGGAUGUAUUGGCGCACGGAGAACGACCACGCUGUUAUCUCCAUUGCUGAUGUCGACUUCAUCUACUCCUACGAAUACCUGGGAUGUAAGGAGCGGCUGGUCAUCACGGCCCUGACCGACCGAUGUUACUUGACGCAGUCACAAGCUUUGGGGAUGUUCUUCGGCGGUGCGCCAGCUGGUCCAGCCGGAACGGGGAAGACAGAGACAACGAAGGACAUGGGCCGGACAUUGGGCAUCUUCGUGGUGGUGACGAACUGCUCCGACCAACACCGCUUCAAGGAUAUGGCGAAGAUCUUCAAAGGCUUAUGCAUGAGUGGCCUCUGGGGGUGCUUUGACGAGUUCAAUCGCAUCGAGCUGGAAGUUUUGAGCGUGGUGGCCACCCAAAUCGAAUCCAUCAUGCAGGCAAAGAAGCAGAAUGCCAAGACUUUCCUCUUCCCGGGUGAGCCCUAUCCAAUCAAGCUCGUGGCGUCGGUGGGCUAUUUCAUCACCAUGAACCCAGGUUACGCUGGGCGGCAAGAGUUGCCAGAAAAUCUGAAGGUCUUGUUCCGGGGUGUCUCCAUGAUGGUACCGAACCGUGAGACAAUUAUGCGGGUCAAGUUGGCCUCAGUCGGGUACGUGUACAUGGACAAUCUUGGCAAGAAGUUCAACAUCUUGUACGCACUUUGCGAGCAGCAGCUCAGCAAGCAGCGACACUACGAUUUCGGGUUGAGGAACAUCCUGAGUGUCCUCCGUCAGUCUGGUGCCGUAAAAAGAGGCGAGUCAGCGGAUGCUGAAGAGGAGAUGCUGUUCAUGCGUACAGUAAGGGACAUGAACUUGUCAAAGCUGGUGGCUGACGAUGUGCCUUUGUUUAUGGCUCUGCUCAAGGAUCUAUUCCCCAAGGUGCACGAUCCACCAAAGAAGACCUAUGACAGCCUCGAGGCUGCCGUCAAUAAGCUGGCUGAAAAGGAACGGCUCUUCGGGAAGGACACUUGGCUGCUCAAGAUCGUUCAGCUUUAUGAGAUUUCCUUGGUGCGGCACGGCUUCAUGCUUGUAGGCCCCACACUUUGCGGCAAGUCCCGCAUCAUGCAGACACUUACUACAGCCAUGACGGAGGAUUCCGAGAGGCCACUGCCGCACAAGCUACAAGUGAUGAAUCCCAAGGCAAUCACUGAUGCCCAGAUGUACGGCGUCAAGGAUGCCUCGAGCGAUGAGUGGACACCCGGCGUGUUUGCCUCUAUAUGGCAGCAGCGCAACAAUCGUGCACUCAAGUACCACACCUGGAUUGUUUGCGACGGACCCAUCGAUGCAAUCUGGAUUGAGAACCUGAAUACCGUCCUGGAUGACAACAAGAGCCUUGGUUGCCUGUAA